AGUCUUCCACCCCUCAAAAAUAACUGACCAGACCGCUUCUGACCAGCACAUUCACCAGCUAAGAAGUGUCUCCAAGAGGCUGAAAAAAGAUGAAGCCACUCAAUUUGGUCUUAGGCCUCUGCAUUCUUGUAGGAUGCUUCCUGUCCUGUGAGUGUCACAGAGGCCCUAGAAGACAUGAUCCUAGAGGACCAUUCCCUCCUCCUCCCCCUCCCCAUGGUCCAGGAAUUGGUAGACCACACCCUCCACCCUUUGGUCCAGGAAUUGGUAGACCACCCCCUCCACCCUUUGGUCCAGGAAUUGGUCGACCACCCCCUCCACCUCCUUGUCCACCAGUUCCUCCACAUCCUAGACCUCCAAGCAAUCCGUCUCCUCCACCUACUCCAAGCAUUCCUCCUACCGGACCUCCUACCACAGUACAAGCAACUACAAUGCCAGCUGCCAGUAUCUCCAUAACUACUCCUACUGCUAGAGAUUCCACUGAUAUUUUUUGGAGGUUGUGGGAAUUAAUAAAUUCCCUUUUGCAGCAAGAAUAAAAUCAACCAAAGCACUGUGGAAUUUUGGGAGAAAUAACCUUUAAAGGCUUAAGAAACAGUCUUUACCUAAGCAUUAUUCAAAAUGAAAAUAAAGAGCUGAGCAGCAUUAUAAAGCA